AAACCACCCCGCCCCUUCCCGGUCCUCGCGCCACCGCUGAGCCUGGACAUUCGGAGCGCCAGAUUCACCAUGAAAAGGCUUCUGGGACAGCGUUCUAGAAGCUUUAAAGAAACGAUUUCACUACCUUCCACUUUGGAAAUUACCGGAUUUUAGAACAUAAAUAAAAUAAAGUAAACCCGUAGAAAUUAAGAGGGCAUAGACAUUUUUUAAAAAUUGAUUUUAAAUUCCCGCUCUUAGGCAAGGAUCAGCCGAUUCGACACAGCACUGGCCGCGGGAAGCUGUUCCCGCUAAGACACGUAAGUGUUUGUUCAUUGCUGAUGGAGGAAGGUGCUGGACUGCCUCGGGAAACCGAACUGUUGAAGAGUCGCUCAUAAGGGCAAUUUCGAUUUUUGCUGACCACACACUUUUAUGGUUUUUACCCUUCUUGGUGUGACAAGUAUUACUAGUAAGCUGAAGUAGCUAUUUAGUGUGUGGGACACUUGCUGAGCCAUUUGCCCAGGGACUGUUUUUGGAUUCGGACCAUUCUUCAGUUGAAAGAAAAUUGACAGUAGCUUUGUAACAAUUUCACAAAGCUUGUUCUCAGACUAAGCUGUUGAACCUAUAUUUUCCAUUAGUCUUAAUUUUCAAAGUUUCACUGAUUCUGAUUUUUAUGAAUCAAGCCCUGGUAAAGUCACACAAUGAAAAGCUUCUCAGAUGGUACCCCCGUGGUAGGUUGGCAUAAUUUCAUUGUGGUAUAAAUAGAACAGCAGCAUUCUCAGAAAAGUAAACCAUUUAACAUUUUCAUAACAAGAAAUGGACUCCCAAUUAAGUUUAGUGCCUCUGUAAUGACACAACCAUUUUGCCAUGUUAGAAGACAAUUUUUUGGAAGAAGACAUCUGGGAAUACAAAUCCAGAAGAAAACCAAAACGAGUACGUCCAAAAAAUGGCUCUGAAAAUACUGCAAAAUCUGUUGCAAAGGCAACAGAUGGGAAAUCCCAAUCAAAACAAAGCAGAAAUAAAAAAGAACUGAAAAGAACUGUGGAAGCUAAAGAGAAGGCAGAGGACAAUGAGAUGUGCCUUGGAGGAAAACAUAGUCAGACUUCAGUAGCUUCUGGUCAGGAUUCAGGCGGAGAUAGUAUUCAGCAUUCCCAGGAUAAGGAGACCACUCCAGCAAAGCACUGCAGAACUCACAAAAAUAAAGAGUCCCCCAAGAUACGUGCAGUUUAUGAUGGAUACUGUCCUAACUGCCAGAUGCCUUUUUCCUCAUUGCUAGGUCAGACACCUCGAUGGCAUGUUUUUGAAUGUUUGGAUUCUCCACAGGUCUCUGAAACAGUUUCAGAAUGUCCUGAUGGUCUUCUGUGUACCUCAACAAUUCCUUCUCAUUACAAGAGAUACACUCACCUCCUGUUGGCUCAAAGUAGGGCAAGUUCUAAUUCUUCCAGCAGCCCAUCACAUACAACAGGUGAUCGUUUGAAUUGUUCCAGUGAGAUUAAUUCAGGCUUUCUCUGUAGCCUUGAGAAAAGAUGGCCUCUGAAUCAGAAACAAAUUGAGAACUUAAAAAAUGUUGCCAGUGAUCCCUUUUUGAUGACACAGUGUCUAAGAAGAUCUCAGUCUCCAGCUGAAACCAACAAAAAGAUUUCCUUUUCUACAAAUAUCCGAAAGUCCCAGCAAGCUCUCAAAUUUACUGAGUUUGUUAAUAAUGACCAGCUGGUAGAAUUUGGUUUGCCUCUUGUUGAUGAAGAAUUAGAUAGCUCAGAAUACACAAAUUUGCCAGUGCCAGAAAAUGACUCUAGAGACUGUGAAAUCUCCUAUUCUCCACUUCAAAGUGAUGAAGAAGUAUACGAUACAGAUGAAAAGCUGGAUGAUUCACAACAGGAACUAUUUUUCACUGAAAACUCAAAAGACGGAAAUCUAGAAGAAGAUGACAUCAGCUCUACUUUGUUUAAAAAACUCCGCAAUCCCUUACUGAAGGGCCAGGAAGAUAGCUGCCCGGAGAUGAAUAACUUCUUAACUCAAGAUAAGUACAAUGAAGAAUUGUAUAAAUACCAUACUCUAACUGAUUUGUCUCAACUUAUUUCCCAAAACAGUGAGAGUGUCAGUGCAUGUGAUGAUCCAGGUGAUGAUUUUAUGUUGUUGCCACCUGCAUCAGCAGGGGGACUUGAUGCUUCUAAUUACCUAGCCACUGAAGCAAAAUCUGAUAAGCCAGAAUUUCACUCAUCUCAAACAAGUAAGCAGAAACAGGCAGUUGAAGAAUCAGCUGUUUACAGUCAAGUUUCUCUUCCAUUACUUAAAAGUAAAAUGCCAAACCGUUUUGAAAGCCAGGGAGAAGAGUAUCUUUCUUCCCAUCUGAACCAAAGUAAAGUUAUAGAAUUAUCAAGUGAGAACUUUAAUGCUAAGUAUAAUACUAAUUCAGUACAUUUCUGCAGAGAGGCAUUAGAUGGUGUGCUAGACAGUAAGAUUUCCAUUUUAAAACCAGAGAAGUUUCCUAGUACAUCUAUUGCUGCUAAGUCUGUGAAAAUACUGCCAUCUGGUCCUAAGUGUGAUGCAAGAUACUCUCCUAACAAGGUAAUGAAACAAAUGGAUAUAGGUGUGUAUUUUGGACUCCCACCCAAAAAGAAAGAAGAGAAAUUGCUGGAGGAAAGUGCAUCAAAAGGGGCGAACUUAAACCCAGUUGUAAGUCCUAAUGUAAAGAGGUCCCAGAGGUGCAAGAGGAAAGCAGAAAACUCACUAAGUGAUUUAGAAUUCGAUGCAAAGAUCCCUGUGAAACUUUCUAGUGAGAGGUCACAACGUCAAAGAAAGAGACGUAAAAAGUCAGAUUCACUACAGGAAGGAGCAUCUCAGAAGUCAGAUCACAUUAACAGUACAGAAUUUGGAGCAGUCAGCUUAAGUAAAGACAAAGUCUUCCUAAAAUCAGCUGGUGGCAGGCUGCAGAGGGGGUGGACAAAAAUCCCACAGUUAUCUAAUGCAGGAGGAUUAAGAAAAAGGAGUUGUCCAUUCUAUAAGAAAAUACCUGGAACUGGCUUUACAGUUGACGCCUUUCAGUAUGGAUCGAUUGAAGACUGCACUGCCUAUUUCCUUACACAUUUUCAUUCUGAUCAUUAUGCUGGCUUGUCUAAAAGCUUCACUUCUCCAGUUUAUUGUAGCGAGAUAACUGGCAAUUUGUUGAAGAACAAGCUGCAUGUGCAAGAACAGUAUAUCCAUCCAUUGCCAAUGGAUACUGAGUGUAUAGUGAACGGGGUCAAAGUUGUUUUGCUCGAUGCCAAUCACUGCCCAGGUGCUGUCAUGGUCCUUUUUUGUCUUCCUAAUGGGACUGUCAUAUUACACACUGGAGACUUCAGAGCAGACCCCACCAUGGAACGUUCUCUGCUUGUGAACUGGAGAGUCCACACUCUUUACUUAGAUACAACAUAUUGCAGCCCAGAAUACUGCUUUCCAUCCCAGCAAGAGGUUAUCCAGUUUGCCAUCAACACUGCCUUUGAGGCUGUAACCCUAAACCCACGUGCUCUUGUUGUCUGCGGCACUUACUCUAUUGGAAAAGAGAAAGUCUUCCUAGCCAUUGCUGAUGUUUUGGGUUCAAAAGUUGGCAUGUCCCGAGAAAAGUAUACAACAUUACAGUGUCUCAAUAUACCAGAAAUCAAUUCCCUCAUUACUACAGACAUGUGCAGUGCAUUGGUUCAUCUUCUACCAAUGAUGCAAAUUAAUUUUAAGGGUUUACAGAAACAUUUGAAGAAGUACGGUGGGAAAUAUGAUCAGGUCUUGGCCUUCCAACCGACAGGAUGGACACAUUCUAACACAUUAACCAGUAUAGCAGAUAUUAUUCCCCAGACCAGAGGAAACAUUUCAAUAUAUGGAAUUCCUUAUAGUGAACACAGCAGCUACCUAGAAAUGAAACGUUUUGUCCAGUGGCUGAAGCCCCAGAAAAUCAUACCUACUGUAAAUGUUGGCACCUUGAAGAGUAGGAGUACCAUGGAGAAGUAUUUUAGAGACUGGAGAUUGGAAGCUGGGUAUUGAUGAUACCUCACAGGACUGAGAAAUAGUUAAGUAACUUUAGCUGUAAUGUGUUAGUAGUUAAAUCUUUAGUUAUAUGAAAGAUUUGUUUACUUCAGGUGAAAACCUCAUGAAAGGCACACAGCUUGUUUUUUCCUUGAUGUUUGAAUAACAUGCUCAUAGUGCAGGAUGUCUCUCAGCAUCGUCAGUGUUACUGAGACUUGGUCUCCCUAGUAUCCUUAAUGUCUCACCCUUCCCUAUGGGAGGACCUUAUAGUCUGCGUCAGGCUUUAGAGAAGGAAAUGAAGGCAGGUCCAGGGACCAAAGGAUUCAUGAUACUGGAUGAACUAGAUUGAAAGCAUUAUAUAAAAGUUAUUAUGUGUCUUUGAAAUUAUUUAAUAUGAGGCAUAUUUAAUGAGCUAGAACUUUUAUAUGAAAUGUAUACAUAAAUAAAAAAUUAAUCCUCAAUUUGCAAUAGUGUCUUUUGGGUUUUUGGAUUUGUAAUUUGUGACGUUCGUGCAUUUUUAUAAAAUCUCAAAAGAAGAUAAUUCAACCUUUGACCCUGAAAAAGAUGACUCAAAGAGCCUGCAAGAUAAUUACCCAGUAAAGAAUACAUAAAUGAUAUUUAUCUGAACAGUUUACUCAAGAUGUCAGAUAACUAAAAGUUUAGAUUCCAGUGCUUUUUUUUAAAAGUAUGGUUAUAAUUUAUUAUGGAUGUUGGUCUCUCCAACACAGAUUAAGUAGUUGGUCCAAAGUGAACAAUGAAUGUUAAAUAUGUUUUUUGGAGGUCUAAAUAAGGAAAGGCCCAGUAUUACGGUAUAUAUUUGUGUUUGUGUGUAUUCUAGCAUGAGCUCUCCCAAGGAAAUUAGUUGGGGGAUUUCUUAAUAAAUAUUUUCAUGGAAAAUUAUUUUCAGCUACUAUUUUCAUCUCCAGAAGGGUAAUAUUCCCCAGGAACCUUAUUUUCAUAAGCUUGGGUUUAACUUUGUUAUGG